AUGCGUACCUUUGGGACGUGCGUCAUGCUACGCCGCGCCACCGUCGCAAUAGCGGCCGUAGCAACAACGCGGCGCGGCGUGCUACGCGUAUUGGAAGCUACAAAUGUAAAGGUAGAACGGAAACGGCUGACCUCCCUCACCCCCUGCCCUCAUUCUUUCUUCGUCUCCUCACCAAUCGCCCCCUUCGCCCUGCGCCAGGAUGCCGCCGAGGGCGCUCAAGGU